CUCCCUCUUCUGUGGCUUCUGUCUUCAUCAGGUAGCCGUCUACCCCAUCCUGCUUAGAGUGGAGUGGUGAGGUACGUCUUGCCUUCAAGAUGGCCAUUGGCAAUAUUUAUGUCAUUGCGGCCAUCGCCGUUAUCGGCGGUGGUCUUUUCGGUUUCGAUAUCUCGUCCAUGUCUGCGAUUAUCGGUACAAACACCUAUAAGUGUUAUUUCAACAACGGAGGAAGUGUGACGAUCAAUGAGAACGGUGAAAAGGAAUGUGGAGGCCCCGACACAAUGACCCAGGGUGGUAUCACGGCAGCCAUGGCUGGUGGCUCCUGGUUAGGUGCUCUGUGCUCUGGAUACCUGUCUGAUAUGCUCGGUCGUAAGCAGUCAAUCAUGAUUGGUUCCGUGAUUUGGUGCAUUGGAUGUAUUCUUGUUUGCGCCGCCCAGAACAUUCCCAUGUUGAUUGUUGGUCGUAUCAUCAACGGUUUCAGUGUCGGUAUCUGCUCCGCUCAGGUCCCGGUCUACAUCUCUGAGAUCGCCCCUCCUACCAAGCGUGGUCGUCUUGUUGGUCUUCAGCAAUGGGCCAUCACGUGGGGUAUCUUGAUCAUGUUCUACAUCUCUUAUGGAUGUAGCUUUAUCAAGGGCACCGCCGCUUUCCGGAUUCCCUGGGGUCUGCAGAUGAUUCCUGCCAUCCUUCUUUUCCUUGGAAUGAUGUUGCUUCCUGAGUCUCCUCGUUGGCUGGCCCGUAAGGACCGCUGGGAGGAGUGCCAUGCUGUCCUUACCUUGGUUCAUGGUCACGGCGACCCGGACUCUCCUUUUGUCCAGAGCGAAUUCGAGGAGAUUAAGGGCAUGUGUGAAUUUGAACGUGAGAAUGCCGACGUGAGCUUCAUGGAGCUCAUCAAGCCGAACAUGAUCAACCGUACUCACGUCGGUGUCUUUACGCAAAUCUGGUCCCAGCUUACAGGCAUGAACGUGAUGAUGUACUACAUUACGUAUGUGUUUGCGAUGGCCGGGUUGAAUGGUAACAACCUUCUGGUGUCUUCCAGUAUUCAAUAUGUGAUCAACGUGUUCAUGACCAUCCCUGCUAUCCUGUGGCUGGAUCGCUGGGGUCGCCGUCCCACUCUCCUUAUUGGUGCGGCCCUCAUGGCGACCUGGAUGUACGCCAAUGCUGGUCUGAUGGCCGCACACGGCCAUGCCGCUCCCCCGGGCGGUCUCAAUGGAACACCCGCAGAGUCCUGGGAGAUCACCGGCCCUCCUUCCAAGGCUGUCAUUGCGUGCACCUACUUGUUCGUCGCCUCCUACGCCAUCACCUGGGGCCCCGCGUCGUGGGUGUACCCCCCCGAGCUCUUCCCUCUGCGUGUCCGUGGCAAGGCCAACGCUCUGUGCACCUCGUUUAACUGGGCCUUCAACUUCGCUCUGGGUUGGUUCGUCCCCCCUGCCUUUGAGAACAUAAAGUGGCAGGUCUACAUCGUCUUCGGUGUCUUCUGUACGGCCAUGUUCGUCCAUGUGUUUUUCAUGUUCCCUGAAACCGCUGGUAAGACUCUGGAAGACGUCGAGGCCAUCUUCACCGACCCCACCGGCCUUCCGUACAUCGGUAUUCCCGCCUGGAAGACCAAGAACGAAUUCUCGCGCGGCGCCACCCUGGAACAGGUCGGCUUCGACGAGGAGAAGAAGGUCGGCGGUACCGUCCAGCAUUCUGAGACCGCAUAAUUGGAUGAUGAGGAUCAGAAGUACUGGUUGUUCGGGGUUGAAUUCUGAAAGAAAAUAUUUAAUCACUCGCCUAUAUACCAAUCUAACAAACUCCCCUUCUAUGUGGGCUUGUUAUGAACAUGUGUGACUUAAUUAGUUCAUGUUUACGAGAGAACGAUGAUGCCUUGAUACCUAGUGUUUCUAUGUGAUAGCUUCUAAUUCACUCGUGUCUUUUUUAUACUAAUUAUU